AUGAAUGAGAAUUCAGUUUCGGUCCCAAUUGAAAAGAGUACUGAAAGGAAUGAGUGUUGUAUCAGUGAGAAAGAACUUGAGAGGCUUCUUGGGAAAAUGGCUGAAGGAGCACACAAGACUGCAUCCAAAUCUUCUGCUAGCAUUUACAGGGUGCCCGUCGAGCUUCGUAAGUUGAAAGAAAGUGCGUAUACGCCUCGCAUGGUCUCUAUUGGGCCUUUUCACAGCAAGGACCAACACAUUCUCAAUUCGCCCAUGCAGGACGUCAAAAAGAGUUACGCGAAUUCCCUUUUUGAUCGAAUAUUGUCGUCCAAGGGUGGACUGGAAGAAGAAAAGCUUAAUACAUCGAAGGUGCUAGUGGAAUGUGUUGGAAAAAUGAGAGAGUCAUUAGAGAAAGCCAAGAAAUGCUAUGCUGAAGAAAUUGAGGAUGUGCUUGAUGUGGAGAUGUUGGUGAUUGAUGGUUGUUUCAUACUCGAACUUCUCUACAGGUCUCACAGGUUUUUCCAUAUGUAUAUCGACGAACCCAGCAGCGAUCCUAUUUUUGGCAGCAUUUUGACCGACGUCUACGUGCGACAUGACUUGCUACUGCUCGAGAACCAGCUUCCUUUCUUUGUCCUCCAGGCGUUGUUCGACCUCACCGUGGCUUCUAUAAACCCCCAUGGGCAUCCUACUCUUCACGACUAUGUUAUUUCAUAUUUUUGCUGCUCCCUCGAGUGGAAAUCAGAAAGCCAUGGAAACACACCAGCAAAGAAGUUGGAAGGUAAUUAUCAUCACAUCCUCCAUAUUCUACACAACCACUACCAUCCUGAUAAUGAUAAUGCAGUAGCGAAAAGAGACGGUCAUAUUACCAAGUCCAUGUCGUCUGCAUUGGACCUUGAUAAUGAUGACGGAGUAGCAAAAAGAGAGAGUCAUAUUACCAAUAAAGACAACGGAGUAGGGAAAAGAGACGGUAUGCCUUGUGCAUCAGACCUCGAAUACGCAGGAGUCAAGUUUGCAGUCGGUAACAAGGUCAGUUUUAGGCCUUCUAAGUUGCUUCCUAGAGCUCAUUUUGAAAUCCCAACUUUGGACCUUUCUGAUUCAACCGAGCCAUUCUUGAGAAACCUCAUUGCUUUUGAGCAGUGUUGCCAUGGUAAUGUUGUCAAACGUUACUUCACAUCGUAUGCAGUCCUUAUGGAUAUGCUCAUUAACACUCCGGAAGAUGUCAAAGUGCUUGAAAAGGCUGAAAUCAUACGCAACCAUCUAGGCGCCAAUGAAGAUGCCUCCAAUCUCUUCAACAAUCUCUGCAAGAAAACUGUUCUUGGGGAGUUCUAUUUCACUGAAACGGCCAGUGCUGCUGCUCAGUACAGAAAACGUUGGUGGGAAAAUAAUAUGGCAGAGCUGAAACGUACAUACUUUGCUAAUCCAUGGACUUUCAUAGCUUUCUGUGCUGGCUUUAUCACUUUUGGCAUCACGGUGAUAAGAUGCAUCCGCACUGAUUUCCAUUGA